AUGGCUGCUGCGGGCAGCGCAUUCGAUGCGCGGGAUUUCUCAUGGGUGGCACAGCUGCCACUUGUGUGGGAUAAGAACCGCUGCUUUCGUGAAAGGAGCCUCAACGGCAUGAAUUUGCUGAAAGGCAUCAUCUUGAAGGGGCAUGGUGCAUCCCCGGUGGUCGUGGGCAACCUGGAGUGCUGCAAGCUAAACGCUGAUGUCCUGGCAACCAUCCUUAAGAUCAUGGGUGACGUGGGGUGCAUCUUUGUUCCGAGGGUGUACCUGUUGCAGGGGGCUUGUUUGGAGUUCCAUUGCAGCGCCGGCUACCCCGAUGCCCUGACCCUGGGUGGUGCAGCUUAUUCGGAUGGUUGGGGUUUGAAGCGACAGCUCGGCUUCUUGAAGCGCAAGUGGAUGCGUGAUCAGAAGCCCCGGGACAAGACCCUUCGCAAGCUCGUGGCAGAGUUCGAGCGGGCUUUCAAGAAGUUGAAGCAGGUUGUUGGGGAUCGCAUCGCGAGAGCUCUGAGAGCUCGAGGGGAGGAAGAUGAUGACGACGAGGAUCCCCAGGCCGACGUGGAUUCGGAUCAGCCCAGGGGUGAUGAAGAUCCGAGUCCCAAAGAUGAUGAGAUGGUGCACAUGGAGCCUGCUUCUGUGGCAGAGGAGACAGAGCCGGGAAAUGCGUCGGUGAGUGUACCUCUGCCCGAAGAGAUGGUCGUGCCGGAGCAGGCAGCGGAGCCGGGAAAUGCCUCGGUGAGUGUGCCUCUGCCCGAAGAGAUGGUCGUCGUGCCGGAGCAGGCAUCGGAGCCGCGAAAUGCCUCGGUGAGUGUACCCAUGGCCGAAGAGACGGCCGUGCCGGAGCAUGCAGCUCCAGCGCUUCCUAGGCAGCCUACAAGAGAGGAUUUGGAGAGGGAGCUUCGCAUAGCUGAGCUGAAGCUCGAGGCCAAACGAUUGAUGGCAAUCGAGCGCAAACGUGCGGCGAAAGAGUUUGCGAAGAGCCUCCCCAAAGGACCUAUCCUCCUGGAUUCCGAUGAGGAGCCUGCCGAUGGCUGUAGCAAAGUCGUGUGCCCUGUGAGAUCAACCGCCGCAUUGGAUCAGGUGGAAACCCAGCCUUUCGAUUUGUCAACUCAGGUUCUGUUGAACACGUUGUCGGAGUUGGACAAGCCUAUGCCAUCUCCCGCAAAAAGGUUCGUGGAUGAGAAGACAAAAGAGCUUGGUGAUUUUGGGUCCCCAAGUGCAGGGGUUCCGGUGGAUGAUGAGCAGGAAACCCCAAGCCCCAGAGGAAUCCAGCCGGUCGAGAUCACCCCUGUGAAAUCCUUUCCCACACGUGAUGAGCAACUCAAUGUCAAAGCUUCGAACGAAGAUGAGAAGAAGAAGCAGAAAGAAGAGAAAGAUAAGGCUAAGGCUGCCGGGCGAGGCAAGGGCCGAGGCAAGGGGCGAGGAAGAGGACGGGGAAAGAAAUCGCUUCCGAAAGAGGCGGAGCCCGACGAUGAGGAGGCCGACGCUGAGGAGCCGGCUGCUGAGGAGUCGGACCAUGAGCCCGAUGCUGACAAGGGCUCGGCUGAGGAGGGCUCGGAGCCUCUCCCAGAGGCUUCUGUGAAGCCUGCAGGCAGGGGCCGUGGACGGUCUAAGGCAGCUCAGGCUGCUGAGUCUCGCGGGCGGGGCCGAGGCAAAGGAAGAGGACGUGGAAAGAAGUCGCAUCCAGAGGCGGCGGAUGGGGCCGACGCUGAGCCAUCAAAGCCAAAGGCUACGGAUGGGGGCGAUGCGCCACCCCGCAAGCGAGCCAAGAAAGCCGUGGAACCCGUGUCAGCCGAGGCUGCUCCCGCAACCAGGGUGCGUGGCAAGAGAGGGGUUGAGAGCGAUCCGAGCAGGAAGGUUGUGCCAAAGAAGUGUGUGCAGAAGGACCCUGAAUGGCCGAACACUUUUGCUCGUCGGUACCGGCCCAACUCGGACAAUUUCACGCAGAAGCUUUGGGAAGGAUGUGUGUUGGCUUUCAGAUCGGUGCUCUACCCGCACAUUGUUCCGGGACAAGCCACCACUACUCAGUCCGACUUCUACGACUUCGCAAAGCAGCAUGGCGAGCAGUUGGACAGAGAUGCUUCGAGAGUUUCCGUGUACAGAAGCUGCGCAAUUGCAGCUGAAAGGUUCGCAAUGCCCUUCGCCGCCACGGCCCUCGGUUCCGCUUGGUCAGUGCAGCUGCUUCGGCUGUCAUGCUUCGGUGUCGCAUGCUGCACCAUAGUGUUCGUCCUCUGUAUCCUGUUGCUGCUCUGGAAUACGAGCAUCGAUUACACCAAGGAAGUGGACUUGACCGAACUUUUCGCUGGAUCGGCGACCCUCUCGAAAGAAUUCUAUUACCAAGGAAAGGAGGUCGCUGCCUGUGACACUGUUUAUGGACAUUUUGUGCAGCAGUUCUAUGUGGCCGCCCGAAUUCUUGUGUGUCAGCGCUGGUGUGCUUGCUGGCAGCUUCGCUUGGGCAGUGGUGGAUACUGGAGCAACCCCGGUAGCAUCAAAACCACCGAGCGCUAUGUGGACCACAAGGGGAAAGCUUGCUUCCAGGGGAAUCGGAUCUAUACUCGAGAAUUUGCUCGCCGAGCCUUCGAGGUGACGCAGCUGGGCAAGGGUGCUCUUUCCAGGUCUGAGUACCCCUUACAUGAGGUUGAAGAGGGCGAAGCGAUUCAAAUGUUUCGUGCGAUGAGCGAUGAAGAUAGAUGUGAAGAUGCAGAUCUAGUGUCAGUUGCACACUACCUUAGAGGAUGCCGUGCCCUUGAGAUCCCGGAGGAAUGGAAAGCCGAUCUUCGGCGACAGCUGGGUAUGGGCCCGGCUGUCAAAGAGGAGCCGUGCGGGGAUGCAAAGCAGCCUGGGCAAAUGAAGGAGACCGGAUUGGACAAGGAGGCCGCCUGGUCGGCCCCGGAAGUCAAUGCAGUCCAUCGGAUCCAGGAGGAGCCCCAAGCGAACAACAGCAAGGCCAAGCAAGUCACUGCAGUCCAUCGGAUCCAGAAGGUCGCCAUGCAGCCGGAGCUCAUGUCCCAGCCAAGCACUCCGUCACCUUCGCACAUCCAGGCCCGGGAGAAACAACUGUAUGAGAUCAUUGCGCACUUGAAGCAGAUGCAGCCGGGGACGCCGAGCAUCUUUGCUCCCGAGUCCGUGCACAGUUCGAGUGCAUCCCCGAACGAGCGGAAGGCAAAACCAGUGAGACUGGACUCGACGGCAUCCUUUGCUACCCGCGCCUCGGUGAGCACCGAAGAGGAGCAGCAGGAGGGGCAGCCCGAGCCGCCAAAGAAGCCAACCUUGGCUAUCGUCGCAACCGGCCCGCAAACCGUGCCGAACCCUUCCGAGCUUGGUGAAACCGACAACGACUCGGACAACGACGAAGCCCGCAACAAGCUCUACAACAAGAUGGAGGCCAAGCUGCGCCGCAUGUGUACCCCCAGUCCCACCACGGGCCGGGUCUCGGGCAGUCCCGAGCUGGUCAAAGACUGGCUUGAAAAGGGGUAUAAAAGGGUGCAGCUCGUGAAGAUCAUGUUGGAGGCAGAUAUGCGCAAGCCUGUGAGUGAAGGAGGCCUCGCCUUCUCUGUGAGUCCCGCAUGCACGAUAUACCUGGUGAAGAAGGUGCAGAAGGUCAAAGCCUUCUGCGAGAAGCACGGGUUCGUGCGGCAGAACCAGUACGAUGAGGACGAGAUGGAGUAUUGGGUUGAUUACAGGACCGAAGGCUCCCGUGGCACCAAUGAGAGUGACGGUGUUAUGGAGAAUCGGGUGGCCGACACCUCCGGUGCCCAAUCCUUUUUGACUGAUGCAUUGGACGAUGCUCCGAUGCCGGAGCUUCCCAUGAAUGGGACAAGUGCAGCCGGGAUUCGGAAAGAGCCGGGUCAGGCUGAUGCUAGCGCCGUCGGUAAGCUGAUGGACGAGGCCCUCUCAACCCGCAAGAACCUGGACAAGCUUAUUAGCAAGAUGAAGAAGGAUAAGGCGGCCCCCUCGGACAUCCAGGGCAUGGAGGACUGCAUCGCGAAGCUGGGCUCGCUGUACGAUGACUUGGCGGGAAUCCAGGCUGAGGUGAAGGUCAACGGUAUGAGCUCUGCGCUUCAGCAACAGCUGGACGAGAAGACCAAGGCCGUGAAGUGUGUUCUGGCCGUAUCCUGCGAGCUGAAGAACAAGUCUAUGAAGCGCAAGGACACCGACGACAAGGAGAAACCCAAUGGACCGCCUAAGUCAAAGGCUAAGGCGAGCCACAAGGCACGUGAUUACGUGCGAAGCUACGGCAAAGGGGUCCCCGCCAAGGACAUCGUCGACAGGGCCAGAGCCUCCAAAAAAGAUGGGGAUCCGUUGUGCGACGCUUGCCGAGCUGUAGCUGAUGUCUCUGAUGGUCACGGGGAGUCCGGUGUUUACAAUGCUCUGAUAAAGACGAAUCUUCUGGUUACCGUACCAUGGACACACGUUCAUAUCGGAGAUGGCCCGCUGAGGCAACACCCGGCUUUUCGGCCGAGGGAUUUUAUUGAUACAAUGGCACAACUGAAUCGAUUCCAUUGUGUGCUAGGUACGGAGCUGGCAUCUGCGCCAGUAGUACUCAAGGACUUUUGGUGCAGCUACAAGAACCAGUUCGCGAGCCACCCUAUUGCAGAGCAGAUCGCUGCAGGAUCAGUGGAUACAGAACACCUUGUGCCGUUAAGUCUUCAUGGGGAUGGCGGCCGGACUUAUAAAAAGUCCGAGCUGAUGAUCUUGCAAUGGCAGCCUGCAAUCGGAGCUGGGACCUCGAAGUCGAAGACAUCUUCUAGGAAGCGCAAACUUGAUAAUGAUAUUGAUGCUGCCGCUGUGAACCUAUUGGGCCACAGUCUAGCUACAAGGUAUCUGAUGAGUGUGCUCCUCAAGAAGUACUAUAUCGAGGAUUCUACACCGCUCCAGACUCUCCUGGGUUUUAUUUCUGACUGGUUUGGGGAUCUUUGGGAGAACGGCUAUGAGUAUGAGGGUCAAAUCUGGAAAUUCAUCCCGAUAGGCUUCAAAGGCGACUUGGUGUUUCAGGCAAAAGCUGCUAACCUGCAGCGAUCCUUCACCCGUGUCCGCAAGAAGAGAAAAACUCCGAAAUCGAAACCACUCGUUGGAUGCUGCCCGUGGUGUCUCGCGGGUACUGAAACUGUCGCCUUCGAAUGUUUUGACAAAGAUGCCGCUUGGAUGCAAACUACGGGGGCCCGGAACCCGGCACCCUGGACAGAGCCGCCGACAAUCCUCCGAGCAAUCCCCCACAGCCCUGACCAGCCGUCUUUCUUGAAACCCGACCUCUUCCACGUCUUGCAGAUGGGCAUUUACAAGGAAUUUGCUGCGAGUGGGCUCUGCUUGCUGCUGUCGGAGUGUGGUGGAACCUCUAACGAUGAGAAUAUGGCACAUAUGAACCGGUAUCUGGUCACGUAUUGCAAGGAACGGAAUGUGAAUCUGCACAUGAGCAAGCUCAGUCUGGAUCUGAUUGGUGCCAAAACACCCACCACAUAUGCAUGUGGUGGCUGGAACAAAGGACAGGAUUCGGUGAUUCUGAUGGGUUUCCUGCUAUGGCUGAUCCGUAGCUCGCUUCUUUCUCGGUUUAGGCUUAUAUAG